GGAAGCAGAUUUACUAGUGUGUAUUUAACGACGACAUCUUAGCGGCAAAUUGGCUUGAAAUAACUGGAUAUUUUCAUAGUUUGCAGAAAAAGCAAUGGCAGCGAAAAAGGGUGCACCCGACCUUAGUGAAGAGGGAAUAGAAAUGAAAACACUGAAAUCUACAGACAGUAGUGUUCAGGAAAUAGAAAAGAAAUCUACAGACGGUAGUGUUCAGAAACUGGCGUAUUCAAUGGCUAGGAAAAAGCAUCCGAAGUCUGGCGUGAGUACAGAUGGAAAUGUAGAAAAAAAGGAAGAGGAAAAUAAACAUAGCACCUCACACAAGCAAACACCAGCGCAGUCUAGCGAAACUGUACCUAAAGGCUAUAUGGAUUAUUCAUUACAAAUACUGCAAACACCAGCGCAGUCUAGCGAAACUGUACCUAAAGGCUAUAUGGAUUAUUCAUUACAAAUACUGGAUUUUGCGUAUAGAAGUACUUUGGAAGAGGAUUCACCGAUUAAAGAGCGUCUCUUAGUGUUCAAGGAAGACUUUGAAGACUAUGUGAAGCACAUACCGCAACAUCAGUUAGAAGACAUUUACAAAGUUUAUGACAGAAGUGAAAGCCAUUUGCUUCACUACUUUGUCAUUGGCAAAAGUAUUGAAUUAGUUACAUCAAUACUUAAAAAUAAUCCGCAAGACGCAAAAGAAAAGGAUCGUAAAGGAAGAUCACCACUGCAUAUAGCUGCACUACUGAACUACAGUGAUAUAGCAACUGAACUUAUAAAUAAGCAUGCUGAAAUAAACUUGAAAGACGAUAAUGAUAUGACGCCCCUUCUCUUUGCUGCCAACUACGGCAGUGGGAAUGUGUUCAAGAUACUUCUACUGAAUUGUGAUACUACCGUAGACGUGACAGAUAAGAAAGGGAAAUCUGUUCUGCAUUUGGCAACAGCGAGCAACAACAUUAACAUAAUUAAACAUUUCAUUGAGGAAGACAUCUGCUUUUUCAUUUAUCUUGAGUCACUUAUUGUUGAAACUCAGUCAGAUUUAAGAUUAAAAGAAAUGCAAUUAAAGAUAGAAUUUCAGUUAGAAGAGAAACAGUUAGAAAUGGAGAGGGAAAGAGAAAGGAAAAAAAGAGAGAGAGAGGGAGAGAGAGAAAGAAAAAGAAAGAGAAGUAAGAGAGAGGGAGAUAGAAAUAAGAAAAACGAAUGUAAUAUGAAUUUGAAAUGA